UAUAAUGAUACUAUUGAUGCUAAAUUUCAAAUAAGUUUUUAUCAUUGAUUAAUUAAUCGUUUUACUUCAUCAUUUUGGAUUAAUUGUAAAUGGAUUUUUAAACUUUUAAUUAAAGACGAUGAACUCAUUUAUUCAAUAUGUCCAUAUCAGUACGUAUCAAAAAAUAGAAAUCUAGAGAUCAGAAUCCUGAAAGAUCAUUUUAAAUCAAGUCAACAGAUAUUUCUAAUGAUAUUGCACAGUUUUACUAUCAAGACGUAAUUUUUUUAUAUUCAGUUGUGUUUUUUUUUGUAGAGAAACUUGGAUCGAUUUUCAAGAACAUUUACAUGUUAAUCAAAAUUCAAAAAAUAAUAUUAAUGAUUCCUCAAAUUCUUAUUUUUCACUAGUUGAACUUAAUGUUGUUGGUACUUUUAUUACUGUAAAGGAGGAAUCAAUAAUUGAUAAAAUUAAUCCUAUAUUAAUUACGACACAAAUUACUUAUUUGAAUAUUGAAUGUGAUCGAAUGGCUAUUUUUUUUUAA